CACCGAGCAGACAUGACCCCGGGUGUCACCUUCACCGCACUGUGUGUGCUGGGAGCCCUACUACACGUCCGAGCCGCUUCUUUUUAUGGUGAAAGUUAUGUUGAAUUGAAGAAGGUGGAAUCGUUCUCGAAGAUAUCUCUUCAGUUGCGGUUCCGAACCAGCAAGGCAGAUGGGCUACUGUUUCUGGCAGCUGGGAAGAAUGAUUAUUUUUUGGUUGGAUUACAUGUAGGUCGUGUACAGGUUAAAAUGAAUUUUGGAAAGGGUGAACUGGUGUUCUCCUUUGACCAAGGCCCACAUUUUAAUGAUUUGGAGUGGCACUUAAUCAAAAUAAGGCAGGAAGACGGGAAUAUUACCCUUACAGUGGAUACGCAUGUCAAAUCUGAUAUUGUUUUUGGAUCCAAUACAUUUAACAUGCAGCAUGGCCUCUAUGUUGGUGGAUUUGGCAGCCUUAAAGUCCCUUAUGCAAAAGAUAUGCAUGCUUAUUUCAGAGGAUGUCUGGAUGAUGUUCUAUUCAAUGAAUAUGAUCUACUGUCAAACCUUAGGCCAUAUGCUGGUUUGAAAAAUGUUCAUGAGGUAUCUCUAGGAUGCAGUGAUGAGUUCUUUAUAAGUGAAGAGGAUCCUAUCAGUUUAUUUAGUUCCAAAUCAUACUUGACUUUCCCACGCUGGAAUAUGGAGGAUGAUGCUGUCUGGGAAUGUUUUCUUCAGCCUUCAGUUGGAAGAGGUUUGUUAAUGUAUCAAUCGGGGAAAGGCGAAGAUUUUAUUUCUUUAGAAAUAAUAGACUGGGUUGUAAGAGCCAGCAUUGGAAAGGGCAACAAUAUAGCACAUCUUGAUUUCCCAAGUUCAAUCACAGAGAAUAAAUGGCAUUACAUCAAACUCAAAAUCACAUCAAGACAUUUUCAUCUUACAGUAGGGGAGAAGACUGAGAAAGCUUUGCUCCCAUCACGUGUUAAAACUCAUGGUCCCAUGUAUGUGGGUGGUGUCAGUGAUGUUUCACGUGAGCAUGUAAAACAUUUGGGUCUGAUGUCACUUUCUGGGAAGCAUUCAAAAGGAGGAUCAUUUAAAGGCUGUAUAAAAAACAUAAAGGUGAAUUCAGUUAUGCUUGGAUAUAGAAAUGUUCUAUCCACUAAAGAUGUUUCACCCGGUUGCCAAACUGAAGCUGCACUGAGCACUGUUUCAACACUGGAAGUAAAAACUGUUCUUUUGACAUUAGCUCCUACUACUUCUCAUGUCCCUACAGUGGUAACCAAGAAAAAUGAAAAUGUCUUCCUCACCCUGAAUAAUUUGAUGGUACAGGAAGGUAGUAAAGGCACUCUGCAGUCUAAACACAUAAAAUUGAAUUUAAAUUUUAAGGAGCUUGGUAUUCGUCAGUCUCAAAUUUUAUUUAAGGUUAUUGAGUACCCACUACAUGGCCAGUUAAAGUUUGAUGUCCCUUCACAAGAAAAGGGUAUGUUUACCAUGCUAGACCUGUGGCAUGGAAGAAUUACCUAUACUCAUGAUGGCACAGAAGGAUCAAGCGAUCAGUUUAGCUUUUCUGUUACUACGAAUAGCAAGAAUGAGAUGCCAUCCUAUCUUCGUGGGGAAACAUUGUAUGUCCUCAAUAUAACUGUGACACCCUCUAACGAUGCCCCAGAGCUUUCUUUGCCAGAAGGAAAUUUGUUCACCUUACUGGAAAACUCCAAGAAAUGCCUUUCUGGAAAUCUGAUAAAUAUUUCCGAUGUGGACUCUGAGCCACAGAACCUACAUCUGGUAAUCCUUGGUAACUUGAAUGUAGAUGCUGGAUUUUUAGAAAAUGUUAAAGAUCCUGAAAAAGCCAUUUCCACGUUUUCUUAUUCUGAUUUGCUUGAAGGCCACAUAUAUUAUGUCCACCGUGGAGUUAGGAACUCACGACUUGUAUUAAGAGUUAGCGAUGGUGAUAAAGUGAGUAAUACAGUUGUGCUGAGAAUUUUGGCCAUACCCCUAGAAUUUACAGUGGCAAAUAACACUGGCAUUGAAGUGAUUCAAGGGGGAAAUGUUUUAUUUCAACCAAGUAACUUGGCAGUGGAAACCAAUGCAGUAAACCAGGACAUAGAAAUUAAGUUUGAUGUUACAGAAAUGCCAAAGUUUGGUCAAAUCCAGAGACGAAGUUCUGCAAAUGAAUGGAAGCCAGCAGUCUCCUUUACUCAGCGUUCCCUGGAACGAGAUAGAAUACGAUACCUUAAUACAUACAAAGAGAUCCAAGAAACUGAUGUAAUUGAAAAGUUUAAAUUUAAAAUCACCGUAGCCAAUAAGUCUAGUGAAGAAUUGAUAUUUCCAAUUAAAGUACAGUGGCUUAAAUAUUCAUUGCUUAAAAAUAUUCCUUUAAAGAUUGAGAACACAGAGAAGACUGUUUUUGGUGUUGACAACCUACGUGCCACAGUGGAGGGAAUUCGUAUAGAAGAUAAACAUAUUUUUUUUAAAUUAGAAUCUGUGCCCACUAAAGGAAAUAUUCUAAGUAAAAAUAAGGUUUUAAGUACAAAUAGUGUGUUCAGUCAGAUUGAUAUUAUAGAGGGAAGUAUUGAAUACAAAUUAAAUGACCAACCUCGUGAAGAUGCUCAAGAUUCCUUCAAGUUCCUUAUAUUCACAAAAUAUGCACAAUCAAAGUUAUAUAAUUUUAGAAUACUUAUUACUGCAGACUUGAAUAGCAUCAUUCUCACAAACAAAGGAUUGUCAUUAGGAGAGGGUGAGACAAAACUUAUAACAAAAGAUGAGCUGUUUGCACAAACAUUAAAUAAUAAAACAUUUUCCUUCAAGGUUUUGAGGAGUCCAUUCAAUGGUAAACUCAAAUUGAUUAAUUUUUCCACUUCUCUAACGAGCAAUGAUAACAUCACUGCCUUUUCCACACAAGAUAUCUUGGGUGAACGCCUCAUGUAUGUCCAUGACGAUUCAGAAGCCUUGUCAGAUGGCUUUGUUGUUCUUGCUUCUUCUGAAUCAGAUACACCAGACCUGGGUGUUAUUCCAGUUCAGACUGAAUUUACUUUUAACAUAUACAUAGAGUUGAAGAAUGAUGAGAAGCCUAUCCGUGUGGUUGAUAAACUUUUUCAUGUAGUCCGAAAUGGUCAGAGGUUACUAACACUGGAAGACUUGUGCUACCAUGAUCCUGAUACCGAUUUUGACGAUGCACAGUUAUUAUAUACAAGGCGUGGUAUUCCAAAUGGAGAUCUUGUUUCAUCUGAUGAUACUUCUAAAAAGCUUUACCAGUUCACCCAGGAUGACUUGAAGAAUAAACGCGUCCUUUUCAUUCACCAGGGCGGGGCCUAUGGCCGUUUUGUCUUAUUUGUAACUGAUGGAAAACAUUACACAUCCUCACUGCUAGAAAUUACAGCGUCUGAGCCCUUCAUUAAAAUAAUAAACAAUACUGGUUUGUUGGUCCAGAAAGGAAAGAAUAAAGUAAUAACAACAGCCAACUUUAGCAUUGCAACAAACAUGUAUGUAAAUGGUGAGAGUGAUAUUCAUUAUAGCAUAAGUCUACCACCAAAACACGGAAAGAUUAUUAGAGAAAAACAGGCUUCAAAAUCGUUCACACAUGAAGACUUGAAAAAUGGACAUGUGGCUUAUAAGCACAAUGACGGCAAUCAUCUAUCUGACGCGUUUACUGUCACUGUGAAAAUUGAUACAUUGUCUGUAGAAGUUCAAAUUAAAGUUCGAGUCUAUUUGGAAAGUCAUCAGAAACUUCCAACUGUACAAAACCUCAAGUCCCUUAUGGUCGAAGAAGGAAGGCCGGUUAAAAUAGACAAAGACAAGUUGCAAGUUGUCCAUGAGGAUAACGCCCCUGGUGAAAUGGUUUUCACUGUGGUCACGCUGCCGAGAUAUGGAUAUAUACGCAGACUUGAGUCCCUGAUACACCGUUUUCCCGAUGACCUGGCUGUGAUGGUGUUUACACAGGAAGAUAUUAACAAUGGUGAUAUUCAGUAUGUGCAAACUGAGGCUGGCCAAUUGCAAGACAACUUUACUUUAGAUGUGACCAACGGUGUUCGGGAGAUCAUGGGCAUAACCGUGUCUGUAGACAUAAUCCCAAUUCAGAUUCCACUGGAGGUUCAAAAUAUUACUGUCAAGGAAGGGGCAUCCAAAGCCUUGACACAGGAAUACCUGCAUAUACCUAGCAAACAUUUCCAUAAUUACAAUUAUGAGUUUGUUCUGGUUGACCCCCCUGCUCAUGGCCGAAUUGAAAACACUAGAUUUCCUGGAAUAGAGUUAUCUACUUUUACCAAAAAACAGGUGGAGCAGGAACUGAUCUUUUAUGCCCAUGAUGGUAGUGAAACAUUGCAGGAUAAUUUUACAAUACUUUUGAACAAUACAGAAGUUUCCAAACAAAGUCUCCCGCGGUCCAUAUUUGUGUCUGUUAUACCCAUAAAUGAUGAAUACCCAGUGAUAACAUCCAGCAACAUAUUUCUAGUCUGGGUUGGCUCUGUGACUGAAGUGACUUCUAAUGAUUUGUUGGCUGAAGAUAAGGACACCUCCCCUGCUGAUCUGGUGUUUUUCAUCACUCCCCCCAGCAAUGGUCACCUGUCACUGAAAUCCCAUCCAGAUCGGAGCAUUCUCAAUUUCACCCAGCAGCACAUAAAUAAUGGACAGCUGGUGUUUGUACACAAUGGACCAAUGUCUGGGGGAUUCAACUUCCAGGUUACAGAUGGUUUGAAUUUUGCACCUAGACAAAUUUUUAGUAUCACUGCAAGAACCCUGGUUAUAAAUCUGGAAGUAAAUAAAGGUCUUGCUGUAUUUCCAGGAACACGAAGGGUCCUUUCUUCAGGGGUGUUAAAAGCUGUAACCAAUGACCAGAGUGACAUAAAUAAUAGGACAAUAACAUUCCAAGUGUCAAGCCCUCCAAAACACGGUCGAAUCAUAAAAUUGGAACAGGAAAAUGCAACAACAGAAGUGUCAACCUUUACCCAGUCAAUGGUCGAUAAGGCAGUGAUUUUCUAUGAACAUACAAAUACAGAAACUCUGGUUUGGAGUACACAGGAUUCCUUCUCCUUCACAGUCUCUUCACCUCCGGCUGCGUUCGAAAACCAGAAGUUCCUCAUAACUAUAUCAUAUGAGAUUGAUGAUCUGGACAGACCAACCCGUCUCAUUGCAAAUACUGGUGCUUCUGUUUUGGAAGGAGAAAAAUUUCAAAUAGACAAAACAAAGCUGGAUGCCUCCAACCUUCUAGCCAGGCUGCCAGAAACUCAACGAGCUGCGUAUGAAGUCUGGUUCCAGGUAACCAUGUUACCCAAACAUGGCGUGAUCAUAGUCGGAGACAGGAAUAUUACGAAAGACAAGCCCAACUUUUCCCAGUACAUCGUCAAUAAAUUUGGGAUUACCUAUGCGCACAAUGGAGCAGAGUCCCCUACAGAUAACUUCACUUUUGCCACAUGGCUCAAUUUAAAAAGUAAAUCUGCUGUUAAGCCAGAUUUUGAUGUUCUAGAGGAGAUGUUUAAUAUCACUGUAAUACCUGUUAAUGACCAACCACCAGAGCUUAAAACAAAACGGCCCAAUCUGAGAGUUUUGCAAGGAAAAAUGGCUGCAUUUAGCCCAGAGAACCUGAAUGUUGAAGAUCUCGAUAAUCCACCAAAAGAUAUAACAUACACUGUUAUAAGCGCACCUAAUAAUGGCUUCUUAGCCAAAUUGGACAACCUAAAUGAAUCCAUUCAGCAUUUUACACAAGCUGAUAUUAAUAAUGGCGACCUGUGGUUUGUACAAGAUGGAAGCCCAAGCUCAGGCGUGUUCUAUUUCAGUGUGACAGAUGGCAAACACAAACCAUUAUAUAAACUUUUUAACUUAGAUGUUACCCCUGUUUCUAUAACUUUAGUUAACAAAACACGUCUUGUCCUUGUGCAAGGACAGACCUAUGCCACAAUUACAACAAAAAAUCUAGCAGCUACCACAGAUGGACAAAGCCCAGUGAUUCAUUAUGAGAUCUUGCACACACCCAUGUUUGGCAGGAUUUUAGUCCAUGACACACCUGUGACUAACUUUGAUCAGAGAGAAAUAGAGUCUGGCAAAGUAGUAUAUCACAUGAACAACUUUACUGCAUCUCAAGACAGUUUAGAAUUCAUGGUCUUUACUUCAGAAAGUAAUCUGACAGGACAGGUUCUGAACAUCACUGUGGAGCCUCUAGUAAAUGUCGCUAUUGGAAUAAAAAUGCCAACGGGCUUAAAGUACACCCUAAAAACUGGGGACCUGAAUGCAACCAAGCUAGCAAAUCUGACCAGCAGUGACCCAGAAUAUUAUGUUGUUUAUGCACCAGCUUAUGGUAAACUUGUAAGAAGAAAGACAUCUAAAAAAGACGAGUAUGUAGAGAUUGAAAAGUUCACACAUAGUGACAUUGAAGCCAGACAAAUACUGUUGGAUGUUGACGCCAAUGUGACAGAUCAGGAAAUGAUCAAUGAUUCAUUUUCUUUUAUGUUAAAAGCCAAUAAUGUGCCUCCUGCUCUGGGAUACUUUGCCUAUUCUUUGGUUCCAUAUGAUCCAGUACUUGUGGACUCUUCUCCAACUGCAGAAUCUUUUUUAUUUACCACAGCCGCUCUAUUGUACACCAGCCUGAGCCAUGAGAAAAAGACAACCAGCCACUGGCUGAACAGAAAUGUUACAGAAGCUCCCAUAAGGAGAUUUGGCAAUCAAAAUCGAUGGGGAAAUCAAAGACAUGACGAGCCAACUCUUCCUUUGGAAAUAGCAACCACAAGCUCUUCUGGUCACAAAACCACAAUUAAACAAACUACUGAUGAUCCUAAAGCAGAGCCUAGCCAAACUGAUCCCCUUUCAAUCAUAAUCCCUUUGGUAGUUGUUGCUGUCCUGCUGCUGGUCAUCAUUUUUAUUGUUUGGUUUCUUCUCAAGAAACGAAGAGAAAAAAAGGCUCCCCCACAUGUCAGAAGUCACUCCUAUAGCAUGGUUCCUCAGGUUCCUUCACCAUACAUGGAGAGAAGUACCACUGUGCCAACUGUGACUGUAACCCCCCUACAAAAUCCCAAUGAUAACUGCUCUGUAAGCCCAUUGUUGCCACCCAGGCAUGGCCAUUUACUUGCAAAUUCUGCUCCGUCAUUUGGUGCCAACACUGAUCAGAAGACCUGGUUGCAGAUGGAUCCAGAAAUGAUACAACAUUGCCGAAAAACAAAUCCCACCCUUAGAAAUAAUCAGUAUUGGGUGUAACAAACUGUACUCAUAUAAACUUUUAUAUACUAAUAUAUAUUUUAUAAAUAUGUAUAUUUUUAGUAUUUACCAAAACAGCCAUUAUAUUCACAAGGUGCAUACGUUACUGUAGUUUUUAAGAGGCAGUCAUCCAUUCUAGGAGCCAAUAGAUUAUUGUAGGCCAAUCAGCAUUAUGCGUUUGACUUAAAUAGAGAAGACAGCUGUGCCUUUUUUUUUAGAUGUCGGCUGUCAGGCCUCUAAAAAUGUUCCCGGUUUGAUCUGGGUUUCUUUAAUAUCAUUUUUUUAACCUUCAAGUACAAGUACUGAUAUUUUCAGUCAAGAACUUGCUAAUACCAAGUACCUUUUUACCCUUUACAGUGUGAUUUGAGCCCAUACAAAAUUAAUGAGCUCAAAUCCCACUGCAAAGAAUUGAUUCAAACAGGAAUAUGGUGCGUUAUCCAGCACCACUCUUGUGUGAACACAGGCUGAAGGAAGCCUGGGUUCCCACAAGAGCGAUGGGGGAAACCGCAUGUGAUUCGGACAGGAAUUGCACUGCAUUCCUAAUUGCAUACGAUUCUUUACAGUGUGAUUUGAGCCCAUUCAUCAUUGAUUUUGUAUGGGCUCAGUUCGCACCGAGAAGGUAUUGGUCUCGGGAAUCGGAGCAUCUGCACGAGUACUCGUGCAAAUACUCGGUAUCUGUGCAAUCCUACUUUUAUCAUAUGUAUUUGUCUUUUAUGUGUUGAAAAACAAGAUGUCUGCAUACUGGUGUGUGUGUGUGAUUUUUUGCACCCAUCCACACUCGUGCGAUUUGACAGUUCCAAAUUGCAUGACAAGUCACACCGCAUCGGCAAUGGAACCAUUCAAAUUGCAGCAACUCAUGUUGCAGGGAAUUUGAAAAUACUUUUUGCCAGUUUUAAUGCGACUUGCCUAGACUUCUGAAAUUGGCAGUGCAAGUCUCACUGAUGUGCAGCUUUGUAAUCGUGCGAUCGCGAUUUCAAAGCCUCACCAGUGUGAACGGGGGCUCAGAUUAGCAGUCAUUUUUUAUGCUACCUCUUUGUUGGUACUGGACUACUAAUCGCUGAUGUUAAAUAUUUGUGCCAUGUCCAUGACGCUUUUACUGCCACUAGUGACAGGUUUGUGUUGGUUUCACAUAAAGAUUUUUAAAGUGUUUUGGUUUGCUUUGAUAGCUGGAUCAUUGUACUACUGACAUGUAUUUAUUUAUUUAUGGUCCUAAUGUGACUGCAGGACUUUCUAUGGCCCAUAAGGCCUUAAUCACCAUGUGCCUUUUACAUCUUGAAUAGCAAUUGGACAGCACUACUGCACAAAUAAAAUAUUUUGUGCUGUAUGUAAA